AAAAAAAUACAUUUUUUUUUGUACUCGAAGCAUCAUCUUCUCGUUGUUCUGAUGUAAAAAUUAACCGCUCUGAAUUUCUGUCGAUGCGAUAACGUUGCGUAUUAUAAUAACGGUAUAAUAACAAGCGUAUUAUAACCCAAUAUACGAACGUUAUCACAAUAUACAUAUUAAUUGGUUGUUUACCCUUCCCCUCUGCGCUUAUCAAUAUACAUACAGUGACACGCGUCAGCAUUUUUGUAAGUUCUCGCAGUGGCGAACUCUAGUAGUCCACUGUAUGACGACUUGACAAGUGUGUCUUAUUGAUUUUUUUAUUAUCUAUCAAAAUUAUUUAACUGUAAUAACACGUGUAUAAUUGUUCCUUUUUAUUCUAUUAUUUAAUUAUUACAAAUAAUAUAUAAAAUUCUCGCGCGUAUCCAGUGUUUUCCUUUCAAAAAGGAGUGAAGUAUAUAUUUCUAAAUCGCUAUCGCUCGAAGAUAUUUCUAAUAUCGAAGAGGUACAAUGUUCUUGGCGCGAUAUUCCAUUGUUUCGCGACACCUCGCGAAUCGCGCCGGUAAAAUUGGCGCGUGCCACGCGUCUAAUUAUUGCAAGAUCGAUGAAAGCAUCUUUGGAUUAAGCGACGAACAGAAAGAGCUUCGUUCGCUCGUUUUCAAUUUUGCACAAAAGGAGUUGGCGCCUAAAGCCACCGAAAUCGACAAAAAAAAUCAUUUCGAUGAAUUGAGGACGUUUUGGCAAAAAUUGGGUAAACUCGGCCUGCUAGGUCCGACGGUGAAGCCAGAGUAUGGAGGUACCGGCGGUACGUAUCUUGAUCAUGUAAUUAUCAUGGAAGAAAUUAGCAGAGCAUCUGCCGCUAUUGGACUUAGCUACGGCGCACAUUCGAAUCUUUGUGUUAAUCAAAUUCAUCGCAAUGGCACGGAGGAACAAAAACUCAAAUAUUUGCCGAAGCUGUGCAGCGGCGAACACAUCGGCGCGUUGGCGAUGUCAGAGUCUGGUGCUGGGUCCGACGUCGUUUCCAUGAAAUUGCGGGCCGAGAGAAAGGGGGAUUACUAUGUCCUCAAUGGCAGCAAGUUUUGGAUCACCAAUGCUCCGGACGCGGAUACGCUAAUCGUCUACGCGAAAACGGAUCCGAAUGCGGACAAACCGCAGCAUGGUAUCACCGCUUUCAUCAUCGAACGUGACAUAGAGGGUAUCAGUACAGGACCGAAGCUGGACAAGCUUGGUAUACGCGGCUCCAAUACGAGCGAACUGAUUUUCGAGGAUUGCAAAGUGCCGGCUGCGAAUGUUUUGGGAGAAAUUAACAGAGGUAUUUAUGUGCUUUUUAGUGGGCUUGAUUUGGAACGGUUAAUAUUAUCUGGCGGACCGUUGGGAAUACUGCAAGCUUGUUGCGAUGUUGCCUUUGAAUACGCUCAUACGAGAAAGCAAUUUGGCCAGUAUCUUGCGAAAUUUCAAUUGAUGCAGGCGAAGAUAGCGGACAUGUACACAGCUUUGAGCGCGAGCAGAAGCUACUUGUACUCUGUCGCUAGGUCCUGUGACGCUGGUCAUAUAAAUCGCAAAAACUGCGCCGCCGUGCUCCUAUUUUCCGCCGAGAAUGCAAUGAAAGCGGCAUCGGAUGCUAUACAGAUACUCGGUGGCAAUGGUUAUAUUAAUGAUUAUGUUACUGGAAGACUACUGAGAGAUGCAAAGCUCUAUGAGAUCGGCGCGGGCACCAAUGAAAUACGACGUAUAGUAAUUAGCCGAGCGAUCACUGAGGAAUAUUUAUGAAAUGAGUUUUUCUUAGUCUAGAUUUGAUGACUGUGUGGGAAAAAUAAUUUUAUUGAAGUAUCUAAAAACUUAGAUACAAAUCCGAAAAUAAUUUUGUUGGGCAAUGCUUUUGAAGCUUUAAUCAUUUUCUUUUCAGAGGUGCCAAAAGAUUUUUUGCGAGCUAUCGCUGUAUCGUGAUUUAUUGUUAAUGCUAAUGUCAAUGUUUCAUCAACUUGGUGUCGUUUACGUUAUCAGGAAUUCUACAGCGUGCUGAGUUGCUCCUCCAAAACACUCCCUUUGUAUAAAAUAAAUUUUGGACCAUUAAAAUGUUUACGUAGGAAACUCAAUAAUUAAGCAAUGCUGAAAAAAGUUUUGACAUUCAACAGUUUGAACAUCCUAUAUAAUUAUUUUAAUAA